AUGAAGCUGUCCGCACAACCGCCGAGGCCAGUAUGGAAGCGAUAUCUCCUCGACGGCAGACUACAAGCUCUCGCCAUCAUCGCCAUCGCAAUCGGCUUGACGGUCUUCCUCGCUCGGUCCGCCAUCAACGGUAAAGAGAGCGGCAGCUUCCAGUGCGCCCCGGACGGAUCUUUGCUAUUGCCUGACCAAACAGUCGCUCCAGCGUGGGAGGCGAAAUACUUCUUCAGCAUUACCAUCGCGUGGGGCCGGUUCGACCUGAGCACGGCGAAGCUCAUCGACAUCGCCUGGGACAUUAUCGUCGGCAGAGGCGGACAACUCGGUCUAUCACUCAUGGCGUUCAGGACGAUCAGAAGAUCCAUGUUGUCGUCUUUAGAGCACGAACCUUGGCAUAUACCCGUUCUCACCCGUCUGGUACUGGAUCCUGUAUCGUUCCUCGGUCUCUGGGCUGCGCUGAAAGAUCGAUGUCGGCGCGGACCGAGGAUGUUACUCAACUACGGGUUUCUGGUCGUCUAUAUCCUGCUAUUCAGUACCAUUUCCUCAGCCAUGACGGGAUACCGUGCCGUGAUGUCACCGUACUAUCCCCAGGACGAAGGAUCAGCGUUGCCUCUUGUGGAUAGCAAGCUCACCCAGAUCUUCCCGCUGGAGCUGAUGAAUGUCACGAGGAAACCGAGCAACGGCACAUGCUGGGUGCGCACGACGCCUGAGAAUGGAUGUUUCUCGAAAGAAUUCCCCAAUUGCGUCGUCCCGCCUGUUGGCGAGUGUUACGCUUCAUGGCUACUUUACCUCCCGCGAUCAGAGCACGGAAGAUGGGGAGGAACAUACUCCACCCUCCCACCACCCCGAGACUCGCCAAUAUGCGGGUUCCUCGGCCCUCCACCGCUCGGCGGAUGCAACCACAACGGCCCCAUCCCCGAAACCUCCGGCACAUGCAAUACAACCCGUCCCUCCUCCUCCUCCGACGGUGACACAUCCAUCUCCAUCGGCUGGACCGCCUACAGCAACAACACCUACUACCUCACCACCACCAACCUCACCUUCGGGGACCCCACCACCACCUACCGCCUCCCACCCCAACCCCCUCUCCUCUGCACCUGGAACAUCACCGACUACAACUCCCCCCUGAGCCCGGGCUUCACCUCCCCGCGCUUCUACAACGACACUCAAACCGGUCAAGUCUGGAACUCCACCUGGCUGCGCGCGAAUGUCAUUUGUCAGCCGGAGAAAACUUACCAGUGGGGGUUCUCGAGUCUACUGCUGUUCACCUUGUUGAUCUAUACCAUCGUGUAUGGGGUUUUACUAUUGUUGAUGGUGUGGGAUAAUGCGUGCAGCGAGCUGGUGGGCAAGAGUGGGUGGACGGAGUGUGUGUAUCGGGAUAUUCUCGAUCUGGCGGGGGAGAUUCGGAGCGAGGUCGGCGGGGAUGAUGUGGUGGAAGAUAUGGACGGGGAGGUGUUGGGGAAGAGGAUGAGGACGACGACGGGGAAAGUCCGUCUCAGAGCCAAGAGGGAGGGAAAGGAUGUCGAUGAGGAUCAGGAGGUUGAGUUUUUGGGAGGGAGGGCGGAGGGAGGGCGAUUUGCGUAA